GUGGAAGUAGAAUGAAGAGUGCACUGAGUGCAGACUGCAGACCUAGCACUGGGUGUAAUUCAACUUUUUUUUUUUAUCGUAGAAUAUGGUUCUGUACUUCUAAAAAUGCAGCUUACUAAGGCCGGUGUCACACUUGCGGAAUAAUCGCGACGUGUAGCGAUUUUAUUUUUUCCGUGCGGAAAUUCCGCUGUAAUGUGUCCAGUAGUAUUUAAAUAUAUGAAUUUCGAUAUUGCGAAAAUUCCGCAAAUGUGACACCGGUCUAAAGGAUUGUACAGUAAAAACGCCUAUGAACCUUUUGUUGUUUAUAUCCCAUUGGGAUAUUGUAAGUAAAUUAAAAUAUAUCUAAUAUUUUUCGUUAAACAACAAACCUUUUCUUAAGAAUAGUGAAAAUUCAUAUUCUUCCAAACUCCGUUUGAAAAGAGCUAAGCAUAUCCUUAAACUGUUUUAUUUCCCGAUACCGGAAUCAAAAUAAAAAUUGCCUUCCAGCAUAAAACGACAUAGGUACCCGUCAUUGCCCAUUAUCUGGAAUUACCUCUAUUUACCCGCUCCAAAAAUGUGAUGUUCUAUCGUUUCAUUAAAUACCUACUUAAUGCAAUUUUAUCACAGUUAAAUUAGUGUUUAUGUACACUUGGAUUAUAAACACGUAACAUUAAUAACCUGACAACGUCUUUUUGUUUACAUUUUUUACUAAAAGUUUGCGUUAGAUAAAUAUCUAAUAUACAGUUCAUUUACAUCUCGAUUGCAUUGCACGCGUCAUUACGUCCGAACCGAAAAUGGACAAAAGCCCAACGGACCAACGGUCCAACGGUCAGUGGACGUCGUUAUCCAAAAAGAUAUCUCUCAUGUUCGUGCAGUCCAUCCUCACAGCAGUGUUCGUGUUCGUCCUGUUGAUUGCCGCGUAUCUGCUGUAUUUGCGGUACAAGUCCAUAGCGGUGCAGCCUACUGCGGGCCGCUCCUUCUACGACGACGAAAACGGCUCGGCCUUCCGUGAAUCGGAGCCGGCGGUGCAGAUCGUCAACGUCACUGCAAGAGAGUUUUGUUCGGUCGUGUCCAGGGACUUAUACUCGUUGAAGCAGAUGGGUUACGUGGACGACGACAACCGAGUGUCCAAGCUCCUGUCUCUGGACCUCGGCGGUGCCCAAGACGUGCACUACGUGUUUGUUAACACCACGCACGUACCGUGGACGGUCGCCUGUUCGCUGGAGUCGGCCCUGGGUGCUAUUGGCCACGUCGGCCGCGUAAAUGUGUUCGUCGUCAAUGGAAUGGAAUUCGACCGAAUCGAUAACAAAUGCGGCCUGACGCAACCGGUAUCACUGUUGUCGAGCCUUGUCGAUCUGACAGCCAAGUACGGCAACCACCGGUUGAACGUGUUGCACGUAAACCUAGACGAUUUGCUGGAGUAUUCGCCGUUUCAGUGCAUGGGCCUUAACAAGCGUCCCGCACUUGCCAAGUUUGCGGUUCAACUAGUGCUUCUCUGGCAAUUCGGAGGUACCGUGCUGGACGGCGACAUGGUGGCAAUCCGAGGGUCUGUGUACCGUGCCACCGACACGGCGGUCGAGUACGGUGACCGAACCGUCAGUUCACCCGCCACCUGUCACCCGUUCGUGUACGAUGCUAUGGUGUGCACCAAGAGCUACGCGUCACUUUACAGGCCAUUCAUGGCCGACACCAGUGUUAAGAUCUUUGAUAAGGCGGUUGAAUGGUCAGGACGCGGUUUCAAUGACGUUCGGCGUGUCAAUGACAAUGUGUUAUGUCGAGACGGCUUGGCCAAUGGACAAUGCUAUUACAUAGAAAAGGCCGACGUCGACUUCGUUCACCGUUACUGCCCCACAGUCUAAAAAAUACUUCAAAAUGCAUUAGGCUAAGAUUUGUGCUUAGAAAUAUGUUACCUACCAACCAAAAUAAUGGAAGAUACGUAAUAAACGAUGAACGGCAAGUAAAGAAUAAUCGUAGCAGUGCACAUGAAAAGGAAACUAAUAACGGCAGUAAAUAAAAAACGGAUUAAAUUCCAUAAAAUCCUCUAAGAUGACAUAGUCUAUAUGAACUAUAGGCAUUAUGCUACAAGAUCUACGUUAUACAAUCAAUUGUUGCCGUACUUCUUCAAUGUCAAAUCGGCCAUGCUCUACGAAAAUGACACCUGUAGGAUGCUCAGUAGACAAAAGCAUUCAUCGUCAAAAGCACAGGUAGUAAUGGCUCUCUAAAGUGUAUCAAAGCAAUGAAAAAUGAAACAAGUGCUGAAAAGUAUCGAACUAUAAGUUUAAUUUCUGAAAUAUAAACUCAAAAACCAUCAAGAAUCUCAAAUUUCGUGAAAAAUACGUAGACUCUGUGUGAAAGUAGAAGUUUGAGUUUUAUUAGUUAGCUUCAAAUUUAGGUGAGAAGUUAUGAUGGCCCAUAAAUCAUAAUUUUUGUCUACACAAAAUAUUCAUGGAGUCCUUAAACUCUACAUAUAAUACUGUAUAGUUUAUUUACAUAAUUAUAUAAAGUAUAGUUGUAUGAUAGAUAAAAUAGAAAGCAGAAAGAAGUAUGAAUAAUAGAUUUAUCCGUCUUUCCCUUUAAGGCUUUAAAUAUAUUAUAUUUUCAUAUUUAUGUAUAUGAUUUGACUGAAUAUUUCUUGAUUUGCUAAAUAAAUUAUUAUAAUUACCUAUUA